AUGGAUGAUGAAGUGGCUUUAAUGGAUCAGAUAAUGGAUUGUGUGCGACGUUCGUGCACGGAUCACGCUAGAAAACGUCGAAGUGCAGUGAAGGAAAGUGAUGACGCGUUACAGUUCGCACGUAUUCUUCAAGAGCAUUGGAAGGACUUGCAUGCCUUUAAUGUGCCGUUACGCAGGAAACAAGUUUACGACGAUAUCAUCGCUGAGUUACCCGAUAACAGUCCUUUCAAAGCGAUUAUGUGUAAACCGAAUCGACGAAAAAAAUUCGUUGAUAGUCUUAUCGCGAAAGCUAAGAGAAAUGUGGAGAAAGCAAAAGACGAUGACAAAUGUGGAAUAGUGCUGAAUGGUGCUGCGUCAGAGGCCGAUCAGAUAUUUGCGUCAUUAGAAAUAUUCGAUGAAACAACUAUGAGUGGAGGAACAUCUCGUGAUAGCCCCACAUGUAACGGCUUCGUCAAGUGUGAUAGUGCUCUAGAGACGUGCUCAUCGCCGGUUGUGUCGCUUGAUGAUGAAGUUGCCGUAUCAACAACGAGUCGUAAAUCAUUGGAAGAUACGAUAUUUUUUGUGAAGAAUGUCAAGGACGAGUGGUCAUCGAUUCGAGAAUAUAUCUCCGAUAAAUACAGCCCGGUUGCUGCUCAAGCUUGGGAGAGGAUCGAAGAGAAGUACAAAUUGUACGGAUGGCCGUGGAAGUCGUAUUGCACAUGCAGUGAGCGUUGGCGUGGUUUAACGAAACGAUACAAGCAAAAGAAAAGACGCUUCGAAAUGGCUGGAAAACGUUUUCCGGAGAGUGAACUGGAUCGAUUGAUGGAGGAGAUGAUGGACGACGUGUUGAAUUAUGGUGAUCGACGUGAACGUAACUUGAUCGAGUUGAUGAAUCAUAUUCGGAGUAUUUGUGAAGGACUGGACGUGGAACGUCUCAAGCUGUCAGUCUUCGAAGCGAUCGCGCGUUCUGUACCAUCUUCGAAUAUGUUCAGUGUUGCAAACUGUGGUGAUAUAAAUGCUUUCAUCGCAAACAUUCGAAGAUGUUUCUUCACAUCCAGAAUGCAUUUGGAAAAGAUUCGAGAAACAGGUCCACUGUUUUCGAAGCCUUUGCAAAAGUCCGAGUUGAUGGCACUUGCUCUACAAGGAUACGAUGUUUCGGAGUUCGUGGAAAAUGAGUUAAGGAAAGAUAAAGUAGUGGCAGCAAGCAGUUCAGAAUCAUUGCAAAAAGGAAAGAAAAAUGACAGCGAUAAACGAAUGAAAGUUGCGAAGUUACUGAACAAAUGCUCGAAUGAAAAUAAGAACGGCUGUUGUGCAGCCGAAGAAACAUCUUCAAACAGUGGCUCAGUAGUUGCCAGUUUACUGGCUCGAAUAUGUGCUGCGUCAAAGAAUGCUGACGAUGAGAUUGACCUGAGUCAGUUGGUCGCAGGACCAAGCAAUGCGAAUUCGAUAUCAAAUGAUGAGAAGUGCACCACCGUCUCAGAGAAACCGUUGAGGGAAUAUCCUCGCACAGAGGGUGUACUUGAGGCUGAUGCAGAAACAGUCCACUUUGUGAAGUUGGUCUACAAUGAAUGGGAGAGUAUUCGGAUGGCUAAAUUUAACUCGAAAAAUAAUGCUGCAGCUGAAGCGUGGGAACGUAUUGAGAAACUUUAUUUGAAGAAUGGCUGGAAAUGGUCACCGUUGGAUACGUGUCGUGAACGUUGGAGGCAGCUUGUGAAACUCUUUCAGGAGAAAACAAAGAAAUCAGAGUUUAAUAUAGAGCUGACCAAUGAAGUGGAUCUUCUUAUGAAGGAGAUGGUAGAUGAUGGUAAGGAAUUGGAGGAGAAACGAGAGCGUGACUUAUUGGAGAUUGCAACUGAACUGAAGAAGCAUUGGCCGGAACUUCAGAAGGCAUUUGGACCACAGCGACGCAAAAUUCUAGAUGGAAUUGUUGAAAGCCUACCGCAGGGCAACUCCUACAUUCCAGCGUUAAAAGAUCCUCGUCCCAUUUCAUAUACUAUCUUUAGAAAUGUACUUAGACGCUGGCGUACCACUUGUUUGAAUAAUGAAAAGAAGAAUAAAAAUGGUGAAGAAAGUAAAUUCGUUAAGCCGCUGAGCGAUGGUGAAAUUAUGUUGUUGUCAUUAUGCAAGAAAGGUCCGGCUACUGAAGAAAAACGUUACGUGAGAAGUGUAAACUUCAAGUGGUCAUUAAUUACGAAUGAAAUGUAUAUCCGUUUAAGUCCUUAUACGAUGGUUCCACUCAACGAGACUCGUUAUACUGCAACCGAGCCAGUGGCAUUAACACCACUCAAGAAAGCAACAAGAAAGCGAAAAGCGACCAGUCCGGUGCGUGUCCAAGAAGUGAUUAUUGACCUCGGCUCUGAAGAAGACGGUAUGUUCUUGUUGUUCACCAGUAGCAAAUUCCAUCCUCUGCGCUAG